GAAUUAAUCCAUAGAAAUUUACACUCCGAAAAUAUCUUGCAAGAUCUUUUGAAUAAUGCGUACAUCACUGAUUUGGGUCUUUCAACAUCAUCUGAUAUCAAACAGGAUGGUAAAAUUCAUGGUAUCAUGCCUUACAUAGCUCCUGAGGUCUUGAUGGGUCAAGAAUUUACUCAAGCAGCUGAU